UGAAUUUGAAAAUAAGGAUGAAGAAUUUUCGAGCUUCAUGUCUGUGUUUCUUGUUACUCAGCUGUAGAGCAGGGUGUGGUUUGGAGCUGUACUCGUCUCUGGGAGAGACUGUUACCCUGCCUUGUGGGCGAUUCCAGGAAUAUGAAAACUCUUUUAUUUAUUGGGUCUUUACUCAAAGCUCUAAAUCUUUCGAGCUGGCCUUGGGUGGGAAGAUUACAGACAAACAGCCAGAGAGACCUGCACAUAGAGGAUACCGGCCAGUAUAACUGCCAACAAUAUGUAAAUGAGCAGUUACUUUCAAGUCAGACUUCUGUUGUUCUGAGCCUGCUCACCAUUACAGCUGACCCAAUUGGAGACUUAAAGAGAGGCACUGCUUUAUCUCUACAGUGCGCCCUGGUGUGUAAUGGUGGUAUUGCAGACUGCAGUCCUCCUGUCAAUGCUGAACUGACCUGGGUGGAUGAUGAAGGCACAGCCCUGCAGGGAGACAGGUUCAAGAUCACAAAAUACAGAACACAUUCCACUCUGUCCCUGGAGCUGCAGAAAUCAGACCACAACAGGAGAUGGAGAUGCAACCUAACUGAGGGGGGUGAAGUAAAGGCUUUGUAUAGCUACACCACCACACUCACAGUGUCCAUCUCUAAAGUGGAAUUGAUAAUCAGAGUCUUCAUCUUCUGUGCUGUUCUCAUAAUCCCACCCAGCAUCGGCGCUGUGGUGUACAUCAACAGGAGGAGCAAGCGAGCAGCACAGGAAGUGACCUCAGGGAUACAGCUCACGCCUGUCAAGUGACUUCCUGUCGGCCCUGGAGUCGCUUCCACAUUGUAGGCUUUCCCUUGUAAAAGUUUACCACAAUUUGCCAUGUUUUUCAAUAUUCUUUAACAUACCUAGCUAUUCUUUACAGUGGUUACCUUUGCUUCACCAUUCUUUCA